AUGGCUUCUGCUGUCGCAACUACCACGGCAGCAUUGCCAGAUGAGGAGCUGCUGGUUAAGGUUGAAGCGUUGACCGUGCAGGAUGGUACAGAGGCUCCGUUGCCUGCCCACAGGAACCAUGAUCCGCAGAAUAACUUGAAGAGGAGUGAUCCUUUUCAGUUUGGAUCGCGCUACCUUCAGGAAAAUGAUGAUGUCUUCGAGUUCAAUGCUUGGGAUCAUGUGGAGACUGACGACACUUAUAAGGAGUAUGCUGAGCAGCAAUAUGCCAUGCAACGAGAGUCGCCAGUCUCCGAUUUCGACAAAAGUAGAUUUAAUUCCGACCCUGCUAAGUGGUGGAAUCUAUUCUAUAAGAAUAACACGGCCAACUUCUUCAAGAACCGUAAAUGGUUACAACAAGAAUUCCCCGUACUUGACAAGGUUACUGCAGAAGAUGCCGGUCCAGUCACAGUGCUAGAAGUCGGUGCUGGUGCCGGCAAUACGGCGUUUCCCAUCUUGGCCAAUAACAAGAACCCCAAGCUAAAACUGCAUGCUUGUGACUUCUCUAAAAAGGCUGUUGAAGUGAUGCGUAGUCAUGAAGAGUAUAAUACCGACUUCAUGCAAGCCGAUGUAUGGGAUGCCGCUAGCGAGGACCUACCACCCGGCCUCGAAGAAGGCAGUGUAGACGUUGUCCUUAUGAUAUUCAUAUUCUCUGCCCUAUCCCCGAAGCAGUGGGAGCAGGCCGUGCGGAACAUUUAUCGGGUACUCAAGCCAGGCGGUGAGGUUUGCUUCCGCGACUACGGCAGAGGUGAUCUAGCACAGGUUCGAUUCAAGAAAGGUCGAUACCUGGAAGAGAACUUCUACAUUAGAGGGGAUGGUACCCGGGUCUACUUCUUUGAGAAAGACGAGCUGGCUCAGAUAUGGACGGGAACGUCUGCUAUUAUAGAUGAUACAAAAGACGAUGGCGAAAAGACUGAGCCUUCGGAGUCGAAGGUACAGGAUCCCUUGUUUGAUAUAGAGGAGUUGGGUGUUGAUAGAAGGAUGCUCGUAAAUAGAGCCCGGCGGUUGAAGAUGUAUCGCUGCUGGAUGCAAGGUCGCUUCCGUAAGAAAUAG